AGGAAGCGCAGUGUGACAGUGGACGGUGACCAGCGGCAGCAGAGCACCGGACUCUGUGACUGUAAACACUUCAGGCCCGGUUUGUCGCCACAAACCCGGGAUGGCCCUGUGCUGAUGCGGACCGUGGGCUUAGUGCCGCUGUCGUUCCGCCGUGCCUUCGUGAGUCCUGACGGGCAGAGAGCCGCCGCCAUGGCCGCAGCGUCGCCCCGCUGCACAUCUGUCAGACUCCCCGCUCUGACCGCUGUGCUCCUGCUCCUCAUGUCGGCGACCACCGUGCAGUCCUCUCAAGGCGACAAGGAGCCGGUUUACCGAGACUGUGUGAAGCAGUGUGUCCGGACUAACUGCACCGGGGCUCGGCUACGCGGCUUCCAGUCCGCCCAGCCGCAGUACAUGGCGCUGACAGGUUGGACCUGCCGUGAUGACUGUCGCUAUCAGUGCAUGUGGACCACUGUGGGCCUUUACCAGGCUGAGGGGUACAGCGUCCCACAGUUCCACGGCAAGUGGCCAUUUGCGCGUUUCCUGUGUUUCGAGGAGCCAGCAUCUGCGCUGGCCUCUCUGCUAAAUGGCCUGGCUUGCCUUCUCAUGCUGCUGCGCUAUCGGAGCACGGUGCCACGCCAGAGCCCCAUGUACCACACUAUCAACGCCUUCUCUCUGGUUUCUCUCAAUGCCUGGUUGUGGUCCACAGUUUUUCACACCCGGGACACCUAUCUCACUGAGAAAAUGGACUAUUUCUGUGCGACAGCAGUCAUUCUUUACUCAAUCUACCUGUGUUGUGUCAGGACUUUGGGUCUGAGGCGACCUGGGGUGUCCAGCAUGGUGGGAGUCCUGCUCAUCUUGGCCUUUACCUCACACGUGUCAUAUUUGACCUUUGUCAGUUUUGACUACGGCUACAACAUGGCUGCGAAUGCCACCAUCGGCAUGGUGAACCUCCUGUGGUGGCUGUGUUGGUGCUGGCAGAACCGGAGGACUCUGCCCUACUGGUGGAAGUGUGGCCUGGUGGUGCUGCUGCUUCAUGGUCUGGCCCUGCUGGAGCUGCUGGACUUCCCUCCGCUGCUCUGGGUCUUAGAUGCUCACGCUGUUUGGCACCUCAGCACCAUCCCCGUGCACUUCCUUUUCUACAGUUUCCUGAUAGACGACAGCCUCUACUUACUAAACACAGAGAAGAUGGGUGUGAAAGUCGAGUAGGAGGAGCUCAUCGCCUCUUCACCAAGCCUACACCUGUGCACCUCGCCGGUCAGGGCAGCCGGACACCCGAACACGGAAGUAGCUCAGCCUCCCAGAUGACAUGCAUGACACCACCAUGACUCUCAUCAGAGUAGACUUUGUUUACAUUUUUCUUUUUAAAAUUUUGUUGUAUUUAUUUGGGGGAGGGGCAAUUUCUCUCUUUAAAAAAUAUGUCACGAUUGAUGCUUGCUCUGCUCUGCCUCGUACUGACUUACAUGUGUGCUGCCGUUCUAUUGCUAUUCAUCACAACCGCAAGACAAAAUGAAGGAACGAAAGUUUCGCUUUCUACCCAGUUUUUGACUUCCAGCUGUGACCGGAGUCGUGUCCUGAUUCUUGAGGCUUGUACACAUCUGAAAUUGACUCCCUGAACCCAUAAUUUGACUUUUCUCACCAGCCUCAUGGACGUCCAACAAGGCUUGGCUGUGCACAAAUGGCACUUUGCUGUGGCUGACAAUAGAUGGCACCAAAUCCCCGGCCAGGCCGUCAUAACUCUACUCGGUGUGGUUCAACACGUGUCAUCUGUGCCAAAAGUGGACUGGCAGACACAGAGAGGUGGCCCCUGUGAAGAGGCCUGCCAGCUGAUUGUUCUAGAGAGAGAGGGGGAAGGGGGUUUAUGUUGGAGGCCAUUCUAGCUGACUGUGUUUUUUUUCCUCUUUUUUUCUCACCAUCACACCUUUAUUUCUGUGCCUCUCGUUUCCACUGCUGCUUUUGUUUGUGAUUCUUCGUUAUCAUUUUUUUUUUAAAAAUUAUUUUCAUUUCAAUCAUCUGCCUUAGUUGUUUUUGAUAAUUUGUUGUUGACCAAUUUUGUGCAUUAUUUUGACUUUGUUUACUUGAUUUUGAAUUUUGGUGGGAAAUGCCUGAUGAUCAUACUGUUGGAAAUAUUAUUUUUAAUCACCUGGAUUGCCUUUUAGUGUGAGGAAUGAUUGCAGUAGGGAGAAUAAGCAAUGCAACAAGAAGAUGCAGCAGUCAGGGUGUCUUUUGUUUUUUUACAUCAAGUUUCUAAUAAAUUCUGGAGUUAGAUUGGAGGUGCGAGUGAGUGAGUGAGUGAGUGAGUGUUCUGGUGUUUGUUUUAUGCCCAUUAUUUUCAAUUUGGUUGCAUUUCUUGCUGCAGUAUUCCCCAAAAUCACACACACAACCACACCAGCUGCUGUAAAGAAAACCACUCCAUCAUGUAAAAUAUUCAUUUCCCUCCAUGUCGGCCUUUCACACCGUAUGAGCUUGUUUUUAAUUUUUUCAUAUAAAAUCAUUAUUAUUUUUGUCUCCCUCUCAGAGUCAACACCAGUUCAUUCCGUGUAUGUCUUCAUCCCUCAGAGCUUCCCUUCCAUAUGUGCACUUUACGAGUGUGUGUACAUUUACGUGAGUUUUUUUUUUUUUUUUGUUUGAAAUUCUGCCCAUGCCUUUGUACUUUGGUGUGAGAAUGUGAACAAUGACCAGUAUCUGUGUGUACACGUUG